UGCUUCGGUGGACGAGGUGUAAGCGAAGGCAGUGCGAGUGGCCGUGAAAUACUUGGCUCCGACUACUACACCAUACCUCGCGCUAAACUGAAGCCUGGUGCACACUCGGACGAGAUGAUGGGUCACGACAAUGCAGCCGUCCUUGGCGCAUAUCUGGACGACGGGGCAUCAGUUUCGUCGGAUGGCUCUCUGGAGGAGAUCGAACGACGUGUCACCACCGACGUCACCACCCGUGAGAUUCGUACGACGACUGUUCGCGACGAGAUGGGCAACGUAGUCAGUCAGAGUCAGACGGUACUUCAUGGUCCAUUCGAGACUGAUACUGAACAGUAUGCUGUGACGUCAUCAGACCACUUCCGACAGGGGUCAGGAGCAGCAGGAGCAGCUGGCGCCACCGCGGCAGCCCUCCACACAGGUUCCGGCCACAUGAGGACAGAAGGAGCGUACGAUUCGGAGUCCGACGCAGAUACCGAUGCCGGUCGCGCAACUUAUACGAGUACCGAGUCGCCCAUCCCACGAAACUUCCUUGCCUGGAGAUCCACGAACGGGAACCGAGCGUAG